UUGUCUGGGCUAGCUAUCAGAUCUGAUUACAGCAUGGCAGGACUGGUUUGUUGGAAGUACUACCUCUGGAUCUUUCUCUUGACGUGUAGAACGAUGCUUCUUUCAGCCAAAUCUCUGGAGACCAUCAUUUGGAGCUCGCAAAAUCCCAAAUUUCUUGCUGGCAAAGGCUUGGUUCUUUACCCAGACAUCGGUGACAAGCUGGAUAUCAUCUGUCCCAAAGCGGACCAAGGCCGAGAGUAUGAGUUCUACAAGCUGUACUUGGUGAAGAGGGAGCAGGCAGAGAGCUGCAGCACAGUCCUUGAUCCAAAUGUGCUGGUCAAUUGCAACAAGCCGGAGAAGGACAUCAAGUUUACCAUCAAAUUCCAGGAGUUUAGUCCCAACUACAUGGGCCUAGAAUUCAAGAGGAACGUUAACUACUACAUCACCUCAACUUCCAACGGCACAGUGGAGGGCCUGGAAAACCGUGAGGGAGGCGUGUGCAAGAGCCGAGCCAUGAAAGUCAUCAUGAAAGUCGGACAAGUCCCAAAUGCAGUCAACCCUGCAGUGCCAGAGAGGCCAGAAGAUAAUGCCAUACCAGAGUCCAGUCCAAAACCACCAGACCAGGAUCAAUUGGGAAAUGAGCUGCCUGGAAACCCUGACACAAUGAACCAGGACCAGUCUGGUUCCUCUGCAAACUCGGAUGGCAUCCUGGGUUCCAAAGUGGCUGUGUUCUCCGCCAUCGGAGCGGGCUGCAUCAUCUUCCUGUUGCUCAUCCUUCUCCUGGUCAUUCUGCUCAUCAAGAUGCGCAAACGGGCCAGGAAAAACACCCACUCGCAGCCCCGUCCCUCCGCACUGUCACUCAGCACGUUGUCCAAUCCUAAGAUGCCCGGGGGCACUGCUGGCACGGAGCCUAGUGACAUCAUCAUUCCUCUGCGGACAGAGAACAACUACUGCCCUCACUAUGAGAAGGUGAGCGGCGACUAUGGGCACCCUGUCUACAUUGUCCAGGAGAUGCCCCCUCAGAGCCCCGCCAACAUCUACUACAAAGUCUGA